UUACCGCUGGACUACAGGGUUUUCUGGCGUGAGAAGACAACCACCCUCACUUAUUUACAAAUCGACACCCCCGUGGAGACCAAAUAGUGUGUCACACCAAUCUAAAACAUCUGACGGCAAAGGGCUCCCAGAUUUCUAGUUGUUUUGAUGACUGCAGUCUGUCAUGGCGCUCAUCCAUGAACCUCGUGCCCCCUCGCCCUCUCUGUCCGGUUUUAACACACCACUCUCGGACCCUCCGUCCUUUCGACGGCUUGAUGCGGAAACACCCUGCACUCCGGAAAUGGACCUGACCCCGACCCAGUGUGUCCUUCGAAACGUCCUCUCCAUAGAUACAGGGAGUGCAGUGGAGCCCGGAGGCGGAGGAGGAGAAGGACAUACUGCCGGGCACAACCAGUCUCCAAGUGAGGAGCAACAAGAGCACUUUGCCAACAGUGUUUUGAAACUCCAUGAGCAUGAUGGGAGUCCUGGAAGGACAGAGGGAGAGGGACAGGAGCUGGACAGCAGCGCAAUCCGAAACCAGGCAGAUGAUGCCAGGCUACAGUGCCAGUCUAACGGAGGGGGUGGAGGGUUUCUGGAGGGGUUGUUUGGGUGUCUACGGCCUGUCUGGACUAUGAUUGGCAAAGCUUACUCCACAGAGCAUAAACAUGACCUGGAUGAAUGCUGGGAGGUCCCUUUCGAGGAGAUAUCGGACCUGCAGUGGGUGGGUAGUGGAGCUCAAGGUGCUGUAUUUCUUGGCAAACUGCACGGACAAGAAGUAGCUGUGAAGAAAGUGAGAAAUAUCAAAGAAACAGAUAUCAAGCACCUGCGCAAGCUCAAACACCCCAACAUCAUCACAUUCAAGGGUAUCUGUACUCAGGCUCCAUGUUACUGCAUCAUUAUGGAAUACUGUGCCCAAGGACAGCUGUAUGAGGUGCUGAGAGCAGGCAGGAAGAUCACCCCAUCGCUGCUCAUGGACUGGGCCAUGGGCAUCGCUGGGGGCAUGAACUAUCUUCAUCUUCACAAGAUCAUCCACAGAGACCUUAAGUCACCCAACAUGCUAAUCACCUAUGAUGAUGCAGUGAAGAUUUCAGAUUUUGGCACAUCCAAAGAGCUCAGUGACAAGAGCACCAAGAUGUCCUUUGCAGGGACAGUCGCCUGGAUGGCGCCGGAGGUUAUUCGCAAUGAGCCUGUCUCUGAAAAGGUUGACAUUUGGUCAUUUGGUGUCGUUCUGUGGGAGAUGUUGACAGGAGAGGUGCCCUAUAAGGAUGUGGACUCCUCCGCUAUCAUCUGGGGAGUGGGCAACAACAGCCUACAGCUGCCUGUACCCGAUAGCUGUCCUGACAGCUUCAAACUGCUUUUGAGGCAAUGCUGGAACUGCAAGCCAAGGAACAGACCUUCAUUCCGUCAGAUUCUCUUGCAUCUCGACAUUGCAUCUGCAGACAUCUUAUCCACACCACAAGAAACGUAUUUUCAGUCACAGGCGGAGUGGAGAGACGAGGUCAGGCACCACUUUGAGAAGAUCAAAUCUGAGGGGACGUGCCUUCACAGACUAGAUGAGGAGCUGAUCAAACGACGCAGGGAAGAACUGAGACAUGCACUAGACAUCCGAGAGCAUUAUGAGAGGAAACUGGAGCGGGCCAACAACCUCUACAUGGAGCUCAACGCUAUCAUGCUACAGCUGGAAAUCAAAGAGAAAGAGCUGCUAAGGAGGGAGCAGUCGCUGGACAGGAAGUACCCGGGUUGCUUCAAGCAUCACAGUUCCAGACAGUCGGCCUCCUCCAACUCAAUGGAGAAACUCAUGAAAAAACGCAAUGUACCUCAGAAACUGCCCUCACACAGCAAGAGGCCAGACCUCCUUAAGUCAGAAGUCAUCCUCCCCAAACUGGAUUCAUCCAUGACCCAGGUCACAAUCCCGAACAAGGGCUCUACAUCCCCUGGCCGAUCACGCAGAGGGAAACCACGCUACAGGAAGGCCGGCAAAGGCAGCAGCGGGGACUUGGCUCAGCUGAAGGCAACACUGUCGUCCUCUUUAGCAAUGGUCAGCACCACGUCUUCUGUUCCCAGCAGCAAGCAGCAUUUAGACCCCAGUGCAGCCCUCAGGGGUCUGCAGCACGACCUGCUGCUGAAGAAAAUGUCCUCCUCCAGCCCUGAUCUCAUUUCAACCACCUUGGAGGCUGAAGGCCGGAGGAAGGGACAGAUGAAGCCGGGGCUUGACAGAGCAGGUAGUCAGAGCGCCUCAGCUGGGUUGGAGGAGAGCAGGACUGGAGGGGUGGAGGAGGGGGCAGAUGUGGGUGUUGGGACUGAUGACCUAGCAGAAACUCCUCCACGCAGUGACACGCCCAGUGAAGAUGCAGCGUCUAUUCCGUUCUCCAGCAGUCCAGACUCACCCUGUGGCCGGGGAGCGGCUGCAGGGAGGGCCUCUGUGAUCGGGAGCACCCGUGUUCCUCAUGAUGGCGAGGAGAAGGAUGACGGGACGGUGAUCACGCGCUCACCCAGGAGUCAACGUCUUACACCUUCAGCACUGCUCUACAGGGCAGCAGUCACACGGAGUCAGAGACGUGGAGUGUCAUCUGAGGAAGAAGAAGGAGAAGUGGACAGUGAAGUGGAGUUACCACGAAGACGGCGUCCUGUGAGUAUGACCAAGUGUCAGUCCCUGUCCACCUUCAGUUCUGAGAAUCUGUCGGUCUCAGAUGGUGAGGAGGGAAACACCACGGACCACUCUCACAGUGGCACACCUGAUGUGGUCAGCACCAACACUGAUGAACGUCUGGACGACAAGAGCGAUGACCUGUUGUCUCAAGGCUCUGAGAUCCCCGCUGACCCGUCUGACCCGACCCAGCUGGGCUCUGAUGGGUUAUCUGAGAAAGAAGCUGCUCUUAGACAAGUUAAGACCCAGCUGGCUACAAAUGACCACAAUUAUGAGGGUCUGUAUGAUGACUCGGACUGUGACAGUGCUGAGCUGGACCACUCUUGCAGUGCGGAGGCAAGCCAACCUUCAAACAACUGGUGAAAACUCAUCACCUUACUCCAUUCAGACAUCCACAAACCAAAACUAUCCCGCCUGGAAACAGAAAAGACAGCAUUCUAAUCAGGGGCCUCACAAAGGGGCAGAAAAUACUCACCCGUCUCCUCAUGACACAGGAGGAAAAAAGAAACUAGAGAACCAGUGUGUGCUGAUUUCAUGUACCUGAUAUCCCAGACAGAACAGGAAAAUCCCAUUUCUGUUGACAUAAAUGGAUCAUAGGGAUGUGAAACUGAAUAAGGGUACUACCCUCAACGACAAAGUAACAGGCUUGAGAUCAGCUUUGCAGCAAAACAUCAAAAAAACACCUCAGUAACAGACACCUCAUUCAGAUGAGACCAUCACCAACCACCAACUAAUGUUUCAUGUCAGUUAGUAUUUUUAUUCUGUCAGGAAAAUGUGUGUCAUGUCAUUUUACAUUGUGUCAUAUUUCUGCAAAAUCUUUCUGUUGUGAACAAAACAUAAAAUCCUUUCAGGGCGUCUUUAAGUGUCCAUAUUAAGUGCAGGAACCACUGAUAUUGCUGUUGCACUUAAUUCAUGUUAAGUUCUGAUUUCCAUGUAAUCAGUGUGUCAUUUCCCCUCAAAACAACAUGCACUGACUAAUUUAUUGUUACUUUACAGGGAAUUUGUUGAUCAUUGUAAAACAAUGUUUACAUUAUCAGUUUGAGUUGUUUACAUUUUUUAUUUAUUACUGUCAUGCAUCACUGGUAUGUUGCCAUUUUCUACUUGUAUGUUUUAAUAUCAAUAUAAAUACUGUAUGUGAUGUUGUAAAAUGAACAAAUUUUUAAAAUGUGAGAUUGUAUAAUUUAAAGGUGCUGAUGUUUUUAAUUAAGUGGCGCUCCUUUUUUUUUAACCUCUAGAAGCUCAUGGUCAUAGAAUGUACCUUUGUACCUGCUGAGCAUCAGAACACAGAAAAAAAAGGAAAAACAUGUGAACAAAGAAGAAGCAAUAUGUCUGCUCUGGCCCCAUCACAGGUCAAAGGAAAGGGCGCUGAUUCAUGCUGGGCAGAUGUUUAAAGUAUUGCAGUGUUUACUGUUUUAAAAUGCAAUACCAGUAGAACAAAUCCUUUUGAGCAUUGAGGGGUCUAUAUAGCAUCAAAAAGCAUGAAAGUAUGGAAAACCUAUUAACAAUUAAAUGACUGAAGGCCUAUGGAUGACAGGGACAUAAAACAUUCAAAGGAUGUCAGAAAAAAUGCAAAUUAUAGUAUGUGUUAUGUGCCCUCACUUUUUUGUUGAAACUGACAGUGUAUUUACUGUGUAGAAUAAUUACAGUAGACUCAUUUAUGAUGGUUUUAUGAAUAAACCACUAACAAGUCAUAAGCUUUAACUGUGGCAGAAACAUUCAAAGACGGAACAAAACAAGACAGGACACUAUUAUACUAUACUACAGCAUUAUUGUUAUAAGCUUUCUCAGCUGGACAGUUUGACAAGUCUGUAAGGGCUCAUUUGUGGUAGGCAGUACGAUAAAUACAACCCCGGUGUUGAUGUUUUUGUCCCUUGACUAGCCUUCAUCUGUGCAUGUGGUUCAGUGUGACUACAACAGCACAUCACAUCUGUUCUUUCAUUUACUGAUCAGGUCCCACUUUAUAAGCUACAAAUGGCAGCUUCAGUUUAACUUUUCUUUGUUUUCUGUUAUUUGAUGUUUGUUAAAAGCUUUCAAAUGUUUUAAACUGAAUGUCACCCCAGGAUUUAAUGCUAGAAAUCCUCCUGAAGGAUGAGAUGUUGCCAAAAAGCAAAACUACUGCCCUCUAGUGUCUCGAUCACAGAGGUACUCAUUUCCCAUGAUGCUGAUUGAAACAACUCCGUAUGAACUGAAAUAUUUGCUUUUUAUACUGCAUUACUGUAAUUGUACAAUAAAUAUAUUUAAGAAACAGUUUAAAAUAAAAAAUAAUCAAACCU